UAUAACCAAAGAGCGAGGGAGUGGGGAAAAUACGUGUGCAAGUGGACGUGUGACAAGUGUUCCCUGUGGAUGUCCUUAGCCGUGAGCGAUGUCAGUGAUGUCGAGCGGAGAGUGUUGAGUCCGCGAUGCAGUAGUAGGCUUGUGGCGCGCUGGGCCCCCUCGCCUCGGCGGAACCUCGUUUGUACCAACUGCGCCCCGCGUCGGCCGCCUCGGAAAUGGGAAAUGAGUGCGGCGCGACUGGUGAUGUGAUGUGCACGGAGAGUUGAUAAUUGCUCUGCGCGAAUGGAUUAAUUGGACGCCACACCAUUGUUGCGUAGUAACUGCGAAGUUGCGCGCGGUAUCGGUUCAUUAUGUCGAAUUCUGCGGGUGAAAUGGCGAAGAGGGAUGUUCAGCCUUGUGACAUGGAGAGGGGUGUUCCUCAGUCACAAGUGUACGAUGUGCCGCGCGUCGAUCACGCUUCUUUCGACAUGUCGAGAUAUGUCUCUCAGCCCUCGGACAUGUCUCGCAUCCCUUAUCAGUCAUUCGACAUGUCAAAAAGUGCCCAUCAGACAUAUGACAUUCCCAGGAACGUGGGGCACUCCUACGACAUGAACAGAGCCCCGGCGUUCGACAUGACCCGAAAUAUCCCACAGGCCUUCGAGAUGUCGAGAGGCGCCCACCAGUCCUUUGACAUGAGUAGGGGUGUAACCCAGCAGUUCGACAUGUCAAGGGGCGUAAACCAGUCGUUCGACAUGCAAAGAGGUGCCAACCACAAUUACGAGAUGCCAAGAGGACCUCAGGGCUACGAAAUGCCAAGAGGGGCGCAGGCCUUCGAGAUGCCCCGAGGAACGACCCAGCCUUACGAGAUGACGAGGGCGGUGCAGCAGCCGAUGGAGAUGGGACGAGCAGGCAUGGGCGCGGGGCAUCCCUACGAGUACAGCAAGGAAUAUCACCCAUGCCCCGAAGUCCAGCAUAGCGGGCCUCUCAAAAAUAACCACCAGUCUUUGCACGAUGCCCAGCAAGAGAUGGAAGUGCCCAUGGAAAUGCCCAAAACGGCUCCACAGUCCACAGCCAAAUCGAAAGGCGGCCAGAAGGCGAGCAAUCACCCCUUCGAAUUUGCAAAGGGUUACGCGCAGCAGCUGGAAGUAGCCAAGAAGGCCGCUCAGACGGCGAUCCAGGCGAAGCUGGAGGCGAAGAAGGCCGAGAAGGCAAAGCAAGAAGCAGAGCAGGCCGAGAGGGCGAAGCGAGAGGCCGAAGAAGCUGAGAAUGCGAGACGCCAAGCUGAGGAGGAAGAGAAAUCGAAAGCUGUCGCCCAGCCGUCGGAAAUCCUGAAGCUCUAUGCGCAGCAGCUGGAGAUGGUGAAGAAGGUGUCGCAGUCGUCCGAAAUUGCGAAGAUGUACGCGAGGCAGCUGGAAACGGCGAGAACCACCUCCAAAACCAGAGAGAAAAGUAGCAAAGGUUCCUCGUACUCUUCGGGAAGAGUUCGGAGAGAGAGAGGGAAGGCGCGGACGCCAGACAAGAAUAAUGGUUCCUACAAUUCAGGAUCGAUAGAGAGAGAGAGAAAAUCGUCGUCGUGCAAAACCGCGCCUGAGAAGCCAGAGGGUAUGGAGACAGAUACGAGCGACGAGAAGCAGUCAGAGGAAGCUGAUGGCGACCCUCCGCCGUUCGAGAUGGCCAAGUACCUCGCGCAGCUGUCGAGAAUGAAGAAAGGAGGGGAUCCGCCGCCAGAAAUGGCCAAGGAGGACUCACUCGAAAGCGAAGACGGGCAGAGCGACUCGCAGCAGGACGAUGCGAGGCCGAGUCACAAGUCCCCCUCUCCGACGGACGCGUCAAAGUCCACGGGGCUUCCAUUCCCGUUUGAGUUAAUGAAGAACCUGGGGCUUCCUCUCGGGGUCGGGUUGCCAGGGGUGGGCAGCGCGAGAACGAAACGCGAUCGACAGGAGUUAACUAUAGCCAAUAAAGCCAAGCUGAUUGAGCAGGUGGAAUCCCGAGGCGCCAAAAAGAAAGCGGAUAUUGCGCGAGAGUGGGGUCUGAGGCCCUCGACGCUCUCCACGAUAAUGAAAAAUAAAGACAGAAUCCUAACACAGUACAAAUCUCAGAGGUACGCCGCAGGAAGGCGGCGAAUGCGGACUGCUGCCUAUCCCGACGUCGAAGAGGCUCUGCUCACGUGGUUCAGGUACGCCAGGGCUGCGAGCAUCCCGAUUACAGGACCCAUUUUGCAAGGGAUGGGAGUCACGCUGGCGCAGGAACUAGGCCACCCGGAGUUCUCUUGUAGUGUAGGGUGGUUGGAUCGCUUCAAGGCGCGUCACGGACUGACAUUUAAUCCCAAGAACAGCCAGGAUUCCGGAGCAGGGACGUUCAAUGAACCAGAAGACAGAGUGCCAAGUCCAGUGCCAGCAGUGCCCGAAGAAGAGGAUUCUAGACCCGAGAACCCGGACUCGUGGCACCUUCCUGCGAUGCCAGCUGUUGGCACCACCAGCACGGUGUCCGGAGAGGGUGCCUCAGAUUCGUGGCUUCCAUCAAAUGCCGUUUCAACCCCUAAUGCUACCUCAGCAACAGAAUCACUGGAUCAGCUUAACAAGUGGUUUCCAUCAACGCUUUCCGAUGAGCGAGAAGAAGACGAGGAGAUGGGCGAAGAGGUCGACGAAGACACCGCGGACGCCUGGCUGCGGGCGACGAUACCUGCGCUGCUGAGAGAGUACAAACCCCGCGACAUCUUCAGCGCCAGCGAGGCGGCCCUCUUCUACAACCUCCUGCCCGACAGAUCCCUGGUGCUGAAGGGCGAGGAGGGCCACAAAUGGACGUGGAUGAAGGAGAGGCUGACGCUGAUGGUGGCGGCGAACAUGGACGGCAGCGAAAAGCUUCCACUCCAGGUGAUUGGCCAGAUGAAGGAUCCCAAAUCAAUAUACGAGAUCGAAACCCUUCCGAUGCCGUACGAGGCGAACGAGUCGGCCAUGAUGACUUCCGCCAUUUUCGAAGUCUGGGUGAGGCGACUCGAGGAGAGGUAUCGAAGACAAAAUAGAAAUAUUAUCAUAAUACUCGAUUCCUGUUCCGCGCAUCCGAAUAUAAACAAUCUUACGAACGUUAAACUUACUUUCCUUCCGCAAGACACCACGUCGAGAUUGCAGCCCGUCGAGCAAGGGGUUAUACAAAAAAUUAAAGCUUCAUACCGUCGCUUCGUUCUCGAGAGACUUAUCGACUAUAACGAAAGAGGACAGGAGUACGAAAUUACGAUCUUAGAAGCAAUGGAACUCUUACAGGAUGCGUGGAAGGACAUCAAACCGGACUUCAUCAUCAACUGCUUCAAACGGGCAGGCAUAGAACCUCCGAGGAACAACGAAAACGCCAAAAUCUUUUCGGGAGAGGACGAACAAAUCCUGCUGGAGCGAGCGAGGAGCGCCGGCCUCGACAUCCCGACGGAGAUCACCUUCGAGUCCUACCUCAACGUGGACAGUCAAGUCCAGACGACCAUCGAACAGGGCGAGGAAUCUCCGCCUCCAAAUACUCAGCUCGAGGAGGACCCUGCCGAGAGUGGGGCCAGUCUAGGAGCCACUCUCCCGACGGAGGCCAUGCAGGCGGUGGCCACGCUGCGGAAGUUCGUGCAGGAGCAGGGCGGGGCGGACCUGUUCCUCGGCUCCUUGGCUGACCUGGAGGCGUGGGUGGCCAAGCACGUUGUCAAGCCGGAAGUGUCAUUUGUGUCAGACUAAUAAUAAUAAAAAAAAAACUAUUUAUUUCCAUAUGCAAUAAAAAAAGAAAUUCAGUGACUAGUAGUGUUCGAAUAAAUAAAAAACAAGAAGCUACACACACACAAAAAAGACAAAUUUUCUACACAAUAAAAAAAAAAAAAUGGUCCGUGUCAUUCGCACCACAAUAAUGAUUAUUAAUAUAUAUAUAUUUUAUUUACGUCGCAUAACGAGAAUGACA